AGACGAUUUUUUGCACACGGUCAUCUUAUUUUUGCAGUCAAACGCAAUUUUUAAUUGUAUUUAAGAUGAAACCCAAAAGCAUAUGGAACCAUCAACAAACAUUUCAUCGAUUUCAAGUGACCUGAUAUUGGCCUGACAACUCUAAUCCUUUUACUCUUCUCUUUUUUUUGACUUGUUUCAAUUCAACGUUACUCUUCAACAUCAAACAUGUCUACUGGUGGCUGCUGUGCUAAAACCUCAACUCAACCUGAAAAAUCGUCUGGUUGCCGAUGUGGUAAUAAUUGUACCUGUUGUGCUGAUUGUCCUGGUUCACGAUGCAGUCCAGACUGUAAAUGUGAUCCCUGCAACUGCUGUUCAGCAGCUAAAUCUGGCUCUGGAAGCUGUGAUUGCUGUAAAUGCUGUAGUACAGCCGCAUGUAAAACUGGUGGUAACUGUAAUUGCUGCAAAUGCUGUCCUGAAGCAAAAUGUCACUAAAGUGAAUGUUUCAAUGAACACAUGGAUUCUGCUUAUUCCCAGAUAAUGCUGCUCGUACAAUGACUCUAUUUCACAUAAAAUCGUCAACUGUAAACUCAUUUGUUAGAAUUGAACUCUUCAUUUCAGCAUUACAUCCAAUGUAUUAGUAGUUGUAAAUCUCAUUAAAAUAUUGUUUGAUAAGUGAA